CCAGGAUGUUACCACAAAUGUUCCUCUCCGGGCUGUUCCUCAUAAUAGCCACGCACUGUUCGGAGGAAAAAGCGUGCGUUGGUAUUGCCGACUUCGGAUACGAACUGACGAUGAGCAGAUUAGACACGAUCAAUUGCAACAUUCAAUCGAAAUCGAAAUACGGGUGUCCGACAAAUACUUCCCGAUGCGGCGUUUUGCGAUUCGAUGAAAGUAGUGUGUGAUCAGGACUACGAGGGUGGUGGAUGGACCGUGAUACAGAAUCGUUACGACGGAUCAGUUUCUUUUUACCGGGGUUGGGACGAUUACGUGAAAGGCUUCGGAUAUUUGCGAGGUGAAUUUUGGCUAGGGUUGACCAAGAUUCACGAGCUAACUAACACGGAACGCCACGAACUGCACAUUCUGAUGGAGGACUUCGAAGGACAGAUUGUAGUGGCGAAGUAUGACAAUUUCUUGGUGGGUGGAUCGAUGGAAAAGUUUACACUGAAAAGAUUGGGGAACUAUAGCGGCACUGCGGGUGACUCACUUAGCUUCGGAAUUGGUAUGAAGUUUUCGACCCUAGAUGAGGAAAACGAUAUUUGGCCCGACGGUAAUUGUGCCGUUUCAUACAAAGGAGCUUGGUGGUAUAAUACUUGCCAUAAUAGCAACCUUAAUGGGUUAUAUCUUGGGGGACCACGGAAAGAAUACGCAACAAUGAUGUGCUGGAAUACAUUCAAAGGAUCUUAUUACGGAUUGAAACGCUCCCGCAUGAUGAUUCGAGCAAAAAAAUCAUCUCGAGGAUAGUCAUUAAUCCGUUGCGGAAAGAAGUACCGAAACACUACUUUGCAAUGCUAUUUUGAGUUACGAUUAGAAUAACUUCGUCGGCACUGGAGAGAUUUGCGGAGAAUUGGAGUUUUGUCUUAUAAAUUUGUGGAUAGUCAGUAUUGAUGAAAGAUGCUGUAAAAAUAACAAGGUAUUUUAUAUUUCAAACUUAAACUCCUUAUUAAGUUGAAGUGUCCGGAAAUAAAUAAUCGGAUGUA